UAUUUUGGGAAUCAAACAAACUAGAGAAAUUUGAUGGUGAAUGAAACAAACUAGACAAAUAAUGAGAAAAUGAGAUGGUGCUAAUAUAAUACUUAGAUAUGAAAUUGUUAUGUCACAUGUUGAUGAGCGCUAGGCAUACCCUAUCUUCUAAUCUCCACCUUUAACCUGCAUCAAAAUUUGUAAACUUUUCAAGGCGGUACCGAAGCAAACUCGGUUUGGGUUGUGAUUUUCUUCCGAGAUUUUCCAAGAUUUUUUUUUUUUUACCAUUUCGCCGUGGUACAAAUUGCAAACUGAAAUUCAAAACCUUUGCAUGUGGAGAGAGGUGACAGUGAUACUGCCUCCUAGACAGCUUCUUGGACAUGCAUGGUGCACAGAUUGCCCGUUGUAGUGGAAUACGUUCUCCUAUACUAAGUACUAGCUAGCUAAAUUAAUUGACAGCCACAAAGUUGAAACAAGAAGACUGGUCCAACACUUGUCGCCAAGAGGCAUGCUUCUCUUCCCGAAAGCCAUUCCAAGCCAUGCAUGCAGCGAGACGAGCCCUCGACCAUCGAAAGAGAUGGCAAACAACCAGUAUAUAACCAUACGCAUUCUCGCCUUUCGUCCACACUCCCGACAGGAAGAGGGACACAUGCACCAGGAAUCAAUUAGCUCUCAGCGUCAACCAUGGCCGGUCUGGCUCGCUUCAUCCUCCUCCUGCUCCUCGUCCUCGCCGUCCCCGUCGCUCAGCCUACCCCCUACAGCGACAACCUCCAGGACGCGUGCAACAAGACGUUGUUCCCCAAAGUGUGCAUCCAGGCGCUGACGGGCAACCCGGAGACCCGGACAGCGGACGCGCGCCGGCUGGCCGAGUUGUCCGUGAACUUCGCCAAGCAGGCGGGCACCAAGGUGGCAGCGCUCGCUCACGACGAGCUCAACGCUGUCAAGGCGGAUGACGUCCUGUUCAAGUGCCUCGACAGCUGCUCCGACGACAUUGAAGAGGCGGUGGCGCACCUGAGCGGCCUCUGCCGCGAGGUCACCGACAGCAAGUUCCUCGAGGUCAAGUCGUGGCUGUCCGCGACGCUGGGCGGCUCGUCAACCUGUGAGGAGAGCUGCAAGGACGCGCCCGCCAGUGAUGCCAAGACGUUCGUCGUAGCCAAGAGCAUCGAAUUCGAGAAGCUGCUCCGCGUCACGCUCGACCUCAUCACCGAGGCAUCCGGCUCCAUGUCCGGCGACGUCGCGGUGCCGCCCACGCCGUAUGAUGGAAGCGCUUCAGGAUCCUAUGGUGCCAGCGCGCCGGACUCCUACAGUGCCAGCGCAUCCGAGUCGUCCCAGAGUGCAAGCGCACCCGAGUCGUCCGGGAGUGCCAGCGCACCGGAGUCGUCCGGGAGUGCCAGCGCACCCGAGUCGUCCGGGAGUGCCAGCGCGCCCAGCUCCGAAGCACCAUCCGCUGAUGCGUCGGCGCCCUCGAACGCACCAACCUCCGAGGCACCGUCAGCUGGCGCGCCAGGCCCCUCCUAUGGCUCCAGCUCCAGCAGCGCACCGAGCUCCGAAGCACCAUCCAGUGAUGCGUCGGCGCCAUCCAGUGAUGCGCCGGCGCCAUCGAACGCUCCAACCUCCGACGCACCAUCAGCUGGCGCGCCAGGCCCCUCCUACGGCUCCAGCGCACCGAGCUCCGAAGCACCAUCCAGUGAUGCGCCGACGCCCUCGAGCGCACCAACCUCCGACGCACCCUCAAGUGGCUCGCCAGGCCGCUCCUAUGGCUCCGCCAGCGGGCCAUCUGCCGAUGCACCGUCGCCAUCCCCAUCGGACGCCGACGCGCCAUCUUCCGGGUCUGCCGGCGCACCAUCAUCAGGGUCUGCCGGCGCGCCAUCAUCAGGGUCUGCCGGCGCACCAUCGUACGGGUCUGCCGGCGCCCCGUCCCCGUCCGACGCCGGCGCUCCUGAUGCCGAUUCACCUGCAUGAGAAACGCGCGCCCGGUUGAUGCUUUGGUGCCUAGGCUGAACUUUUUGUUAUUAUAGGGCUCCCGUUAUCUCGUGUGCGCGCGAGAAGAUGUUGAUGCAUGCACUUGCGGUCUUUAGCAUGUGUUUGGUUGAGGAACCAAGUAAAAUAUAGAAUGUCAUGGCCCCAUUUCAGUGUAACGGGUCGACUUUGUUUGCUGUAUUUUUUUUUAUUUGUUCAUCGUGGGUGCAAUGCACCCGGUUGUAGCCAUUACUUUCCUAGAAUGGAACUGUUCCACCUCACUGUUUUGUUGGAGUCUGAAUACAAGAAAUUUGUUUGAGUUCACAUCAUGGUAACCUCUCAUAUGUAUAACGCAGAUAGUAUAUGGCCAAAAUAUAUCAUUAGUAUAGAACUAUCAAUGUAAGCACACAGAUCAAGCAUAUACCUUGAGUUGGUUGAGAAAGUCCACCGGAUAAUUCAGCUACAAUCUCAUCAUAUAAAGAAAAUAUUUAACACCAAAAAUAGUUUGACGCUUGAUCAUUUCCCAAGUGCAUAACCUCUGCUUGGGACUCCGGCACCUUUGCAUAGGGAGAAGGAUGAUGGGUGGCGAAGCGGGUGUCUAGAAAAGAAAAACAAAGCAUGCAAUAUCCCCACGUCCAAGCACGCGGGCGUAGGUUGUUGGAGGAUUUUGGUGAGCUUUCGGAGGUGAGCAAAGCUAAGGGCACUCAGCAAACUAUGAAAUCACACUUGGACAUGUACAAAAAACGG